AUGGAAGAUGGAGAAGUGAAAGCAGGGAAAGAAGAAGAAGAAGAAGAAGAAGAAGAAGAAGAAGAAGAAGAAGAAGAAGAAGAAGAAGAAGAAGAAGAAGAAGAAGAAGAAGAAGAAGAAGAAGAAGAAGAAGAAGAAGAAGAAAAGCACUCCAAGGACUGUAAGCCUUCCUUGCCCCUCUCAGCACAGAAUCAUGACCACUAG